AUGUUCCGUCCAAUUUCCCCGACACCGACCGUGGACAAGUUUCCAAAUGACCCUAUCUUUAAUCAACUGGCCAAACUCAGUCGAAACGUCACCGGAGUGAUAGUUCACGACAGGUAUGUUUUGCGAGAGCAACUUCCCCUCGAAUGGUUCGACAGCAAAGCAGUUUUUCGACCAGAGGCUAAACCAAUUGCUAUCUUGGCGCUUAGCGGUUAUUACUACCUGGUCAGCUUCCUUACUCUCUUAGCAUUGGGAGGGAAAUGCGUUCCGCUGCCAUGCGAAGGACGUUUAGAAGAUACUGCCUACUAUUUAUACAAGUCCGGUGCAACUCAUAUCCUAAUCGAGCCCAACACAUCAAAGCGAGCUACAGAUAUCAAAGAUCAUGUUGUCAUGUCUGGGUAUCUGCUACGCGAAAUUGAGGUUCAACACGUGAAAUCGGGAUCUGAAAAAUAUUCCGAAAUUGAGAUAAACGAAGAUCUUGUCUUUCCCGAAAGCCGUCCGGCCAUGGUUAUCUUUACAUCGGGGACCACAGGCAAGCCAAAAGGCGUUGUUCAUUCUCGCCUUCGAUUUUAUUUCGACGGCGAGCUUGACCCGAAGACCCAUCAUCUAUCGUACCGUCCGGUGCACUGGAUGGCGAGCGCACUGAUUCCACUGCGUCGAGUUCUCCAAGGAGGCAAGAUAACGUUCCUUCGAAGUGGUUGCGCUGAUCCAGUAAUUUUGUGGGACGUUCUCAAAGAGGGAUUUGUCACUUCUUUAGCAAUUCCUCCGUCUCUUUCUAAAUUGAUGCACGACUACUAUCUGACCACCAUUCGUCAUCUACCGGUUGAAUAUCAUGAUCGAUAUUUGUGCCUUGGUGCACCUGUUCGGGGUGCCGUGAUUAAACUUUCCGAAGGGGAUACCGGAGAACUUCUGGUCAAGACUCCUGGCAUGUUCACUCACUACCUUGACGAUGAAGAAGCUACGAGAGCUGCCUUUGACGAAAACGGGUUUUUCAAAACAGGAGAUAUCUUUCGCCGUGUCGGAAGCCAAUACUAUUUCGAGGGUAGAAAAUCACACGAUUGGGUGCAGUUCACAGCGUUCAAGAUAUCAACAAUGGAGCUCGAGUAUCGUCUACUGGCGCUCCCAUACGUGUCUGAAGCCUGCGUGCUUUCCAUACUGGAUUACGAAGCGGGAGAGCUACCUGCUGCAGUUAUCCGCAUCAAAGACGGGGUGGAGUGCGAAAUUACCCUCCGGAAGUCUUGCGAAUCCUGGCAGCAGGAGAAGAGUUACCUCGUACCCUUUCAGGAAAGGCGAUGA